AUGGCAACCAGGCAAAAGACCCGCGCCGACGUACUGCUGGUGGAGCGAGGACUGGCAGAGUCCCGGGAAAGAGCGCAGGCCCUGAUCAUGGAGGGUGUCGUAUUCACCCCCGCAGGCCGCGUCGCCAAGUCCGGCUCACUCCUCUCUAACGACGUCGAGGUGGAGGUACGGGGUCGCCUGCCCUAUGUCAGCCGCGGCGGGUUUAAGCUGGCCCAUGCCCUGGAUGAGUUCGGCAUUGAUCCCACUGGAAUGGUGGCGCUGGACAUCGGGGCAUCAACCGGUGGAUUCACCGACUGCCUCCUGCAACGCGGUGCGGUCAGGGUCUACGCCAUCGACGUGGGCCACGGGCAACUGGCCUACACCCUGCGUCAGGACCCGCGCGUGGUCUGCUUCGAGAAGCUCAAUGCCCGCCUUCCUUUCCAACUGCCUGAGCCAGUGGACCUGCUGGUCAUCGACGUCUCGUUCAUCUCCCUUACGCUGGCCCUGCCCCAGCCGCUCACCCACCUACAGGCCGGCGGAUAUGCCGUUGCGCUCAUCAAGCCGCAGUUUGAGGCGCGGCGCGGCGAGGUGGGACGGGGCGGCGUAGGUCCGCAACGACGACCUCCGCGAGGACAUUCUCAUGCGCGCAGAGCAGUGGCUUGGCGAGCGCGACGACGUUGA